UAAUUCACCUUGAGGAACCGAAAUUAGUCGAAGCUAAAGUUAAUGGUGUCAUUUAAUGGCGUAACUCUCGAGGAAUUUAAAUGUCACCAUUUCAAAUAUUUGAAAAAAAUACGAAUGACGGCAUUUACGCGUUGAAUAUUUCAUUCUAGGAAAGAAUAUUGGCGACGUUAUUACUCAUUGCCAGGGCCUGAUUUAUACAUAAAUAAGACUGCAGCUUAGGGCCUGACAUUUUUACACGUAUCACUAUUUAUUAGAAGAGAAGGGCCUUUCAUACCUUAAAAGCUUCGGGCCACAACACGUCUAACUCCAACCCGGCUCAUUUUUUAAAGAUAAAUAAAUAACUUUAUGCAUUUUUAUUUAAAUUAUAAUUCAAUUUACGAUAUUUUCAUGUUUUUUUUCUCGCAUACUUUUCGUUGGAAUCUUGUUUACUGGAGCGAAGUUACGAUCACGUUUUCACAUUCUUCUCUCGACUGACAUCGAGAUACAAGGAAGUAUUUCUUUGACCUCAUCAUUUUUCGUCCACUCGACAGUUUACAGCAUUACAUUAAAUGCGACCCUUCCAUACUGAGAGAGACAAGUUUUACAUUCCCAAAAUGGACAUGACAAAAUCGCCCUUGAGAGUAUCUUUCGCUAUCACCUACAGCAAUAAAACUUGCUUUCUAUAUCCUUCAACUGUAAAUAUUUGAUUGGAUAUUUGCCAUUUUAACAGCCAAAUAACUUAGAAAUUGAUUAAUUAAUUAAUUAUACCAGCAUGGCAUAAUUAAUCAAUUUCUCCACGUGAAUCUAAGUAAAGAUUUACUGGAAGUUUGGGCAAAAUAAUGUAAUAUAUUACUAAAUUUAAACUGAAAGGCGCUUAAUGACGAAUAUUUUAUAAAAUAUAAACAAAAUUUUAAAAAUAUUGACCCAGUAACUGAUGAUAAAUUCAUUAAGCUGGCAACUUAGGUCAGUUUUCACGCUGUUAUCGAAGAUUUUAUGUCUUGGUUUAUCAAGCAUCACCCUGCUCCUUACGAAUCUUACGUGAAAUCGCUACAAUAGAUCUUACCUUUUAGCACGAUGAAGGUGGGUCUAGUUACUGGUGGAGCAAAAGGAAUUGGAAAGGCAAUUUGUAAUAUUUUAGCGAAAAAUAAUUAUAGAGUAAUAGUGACAGAUGUUGACUCAAAAGAAGGAAUUGCAACAGCUACAGAACUUCAAGACUUAUAUGGAAAAGAAAAUGUCAUGUUUAUGGAAUGUGAUAUCUCAUCUUUUGGACAAUUUGAAACAACAAUUGUAAAAGUAGUUCAGCAGUUUGGAAGUAUUGACGUAAUUGUAAAUAAUGCUGGAAUAUUGGAUGAAAAUAACUGGCAAAUGAUGGUUGAUAUAAAUUUGAAUGGAUCAAUUCAUGGGACUCUUCUAGGACUACAAUUCAUGGGAAAACACAAAGGAUAUAAAGGUGGAACUAUUAUUAAUAUAGCUUCUAAUGCUGCUAUUCAUCCAUUUCCAUUGGCACCCAUUUACAGUGCCUGCAAACAUGGCAUUGUUGGAUUAAGUCGUAGCUAUGGACAUCCAAUACAUUUUGAAAGAACUGGAGUUUGCAUUUUAACUUUAUGUCCUUGGCCAACUAAUACUAAAUUAUGUGAUGAAUUUGUCAAUAAUUCUUCACUACCAGAUGUUGCUAACGAACAUAUGGAAGGCCUUAAAAUGAUGGAGCCAUCAAUUGUUGCAGAAGCAUUACUCCACAUGUUGAAGGAUCAAAAAACAGGAAGUGUAAUGAAAGUCAGUUUAGAAGGUUAUCAAUAUGUACAAUUAUUAUCUUAAUAAAAGUUUUUAUUGGGUUGCAAUUUGAAAAAAAUUGUAGACCUGCAAUUCUGUACUGUAUCAUGAUUGCAGAUAAUGCAAACAUACACAAUCAACCUACUAGAAUGGUACAUCAACUACAAAGACCAUAUUGUUACUAGAAUUGCCUUUGUCUCCAGAAGAUGAUAUGUGAGAUAAGUGGCCUCAAUAUGGCCGCAGGUGUUUAUUUAGUUGUGGGACACGUGGAGACCAUUAUUGAGUCUAUUUACCAAUAUAAAAGUCAUCUGUGUGUAAGUGAAUCUCUAUAACUCCUACUUUUUUGUCCAC